AUCAGUGGAGUCUUCACCAACGAACCAAAAUGAAAUACGCCAUCUUAGUGGCAGCGUUCUUCGUCGCUGGUACUGUAGCAGCUCCAGUUGAGGUUCAACAUGAACUUCCCAGGAAUCUUGAUGCUCGCUUUGUAUCCCAUGGGCGUCCAGCCUGUAGGACCGCCGAGGAAAUGGCCAUCCGUCUCUACAGACACAACUGGGAUCCAAGAAAUUGGUGGCAGUGCAAUCAGCCCAAUGUUCCAGCUGAGAUGAUGACUUGCCCCACAAACACACUCUUCGAUGAACGUACCCGUCAAUGCAUCCCAUCGCAUAUGUGGAUCUGGACUGAACCCAGGAACCCACCAUCCCUGGCUGAAUGGAAUGGAACUCCCCCACCUGGUAGUAUCUGCCCUCAGGACAACCCAACAUGCCCACCAUGCCCAACACCUUGCCCUCCAUGCCCUCCAGAGGAUCCCCCAACCACCACCACCACCCCAUGCCCACCAUGCCCAACUACAACCCCUCCCUGCCCACCAUGCCCACCAGAGGAUCCUCCAACCACCACAACCACCACGACUACAACAACCACAACAACCACCACAACGACCACAACAACAACAACCACGACUACACCUUGUCCACCCUGCCCAACCACCACAACUCCAUGCCCUCCGUGCCCAACAACAACUACCCCAUGCCCACCGUGUCCACCUGAAAAUCCCCCAACGACAACCACAACCCCCUGCCCACCGUGCCCAACAGACAUGAUCUGCGAGCAACACCAUAUGGGUCUCCUCUGGCCAGGUUCUCGUCAGGACAGCUUCUUCGUGUGCCACACCGUGAACCAUCCCGCCCUCGAGAUGUUCUGCGAUCCAGGUCAAGUUUUCAACUUCAACCUGCAAACGUGUGCACCAGCGUAAGGAGUUUUGUGAUCACACGCAAACAUGACGAGAGCAUGAAGCUCACGAUGACGAAUGGCAAGAGCACUAUAUGUUAUCCUCAAACCCCUUAGAUUCUCCCGGUAGUCAUAUAUAGAUUGUCCGCACUCUGUAGAGAUUUUAGAAUAGAAAAUAUACCCAAUUUCGCAUUCCUAAA